ACACAGCAACCCAAGACUCCACCUCCCAACCACUCAACACAACAACCCAAGACUCCACCUACCAACCACUCAACACAGCAAACCAAGACUCCACCUACCAACCACUCAACACAGCAACCCAAGACUCCACCGACCAACCAAUCAACACAGCAACCCAAGACUCCAACGACCAACCAUUCAACAGAAAAACCCAAGAUCCCACCUCCCAACCACUCAACACAGCAACCUAAGACUCCACCUACCAACCACUUAAUACAGAACCCAAGACUCCACCUACCAAACCCUCAACACAGCAACCCAAGACUCCACUUAACCACUCAACACAGCAACCCAAGACCCCACCUACCAACCACAGCAACCCAAGACUCCACCUACCAACCACUCAACACAGCAACCCAAGACUUCACCUGCCAAACCCUCAACACAGCAACCCAAGACUUCACCUACCAAACCCUCAACACAGCAACCCAAGACUCCACCUACCAACCACUCAACACAGCAACCCAAGACUUCACCUACCAAACCCUCAACACAGCAACCCAAGACUUCACCUACCAAACCCUCAACACAGCAACCCAAGACUCCACCUACCAACCACUCAACACAGCAACCCAAGACUUCACCUACCAAACCCUCAACACAGCAACCCAAGACUUCACCUACCAAACCCUCAACACAGCAACCCAAGACUCCACCUACCAACCACUCAACACAGCAACCCAAGACUUCACCUACCAAACCCUCAACACAGCAACCCAAGACUUCACCUACCAAACCCUCAACACAGCAACCCAAGACUCCACCUACCAACCACUCAACACAGCAACCCAAGACUUCACCUACCAAACCCUCAACACAGCAACCCAAGACUUCACCUACCAAACCCUCAACACAGCAACCCAAGACUCCACCUACCAAACCCUCAACACAACAACCCAAGACUCCACCUACCAAACCCUCAACACAGCAACCCAAGACUCCACCUACCAAACCCUCAACACAGCAACCCAAGACUUCACCUACCAAACCCUCAACACAGCAACCCAAGACUUCACCUACCAAACCCUCAACACAGCAACCCAAGACUUCACCUACCAACCACUCAACACAGCAACCCAAGACUUCACCUACCAAACCCUCAACACAGCAACCCAAGACUUCACCUACCAAACCCUCAACACAGCAACCCAAGACUCCACCUACCAACCACUCAACACAGCAACCCAAGACUUCACCUACCAAACCCUCAACACAGCAACCCAAGACUUCACCUACCAAACCCUCAACACAGCAACCCAAGACUCCACCUACCAACCACUCAACACAGCAACCCAAGACUUCACCUACCAAACCCUCAACACAGCAACCCAAGACUUCACCUACCAAACCCUCAACACAGCAACCCAAGACUCCACCUACCAAACCCUCAACACAACAACCCAAGACUCCACCUACCAAACCCUCAACACAGCAACCCAAGACUCCACCUACCAAACCCUCAACACAGCAACCCAAGACUUCACCUACCAAACCCUCAACACAGCAACCCAAGACUUCACCUACCAAACCCUCAACACAGCAACCCAAGACUUCACCUACCAAUCCCUCAUUCAAAACACAAGAGUCAUUCAAUUGUCUUUGUAAUAUUUGUACGUAUGAAAUUCCAUUCUAAUCCAAUCUUUCAUAAUUACUGUAAAUAUACACUGAAACAGGAAUUAGGAACACUUUCCGAAUAUUUUCCCCUCAGAACAUCCUCAAUUAUUCAGAUCUUGGACUCUACAAGCUGUUGAUAGCGUUCCACAGGGAUACUGGUCCAUGUUGACUCCAACGCUUCCCACAGUUGUGUCAAGUUGGGUGGAUGUCCUUUGGGUUGACAAUUAUUUUGGGUGGUGGACAAAACCCAGCAGCGUUGCAGUUCUUGACUCAACCGGUGCACCUGGCACCUACUAUCAGACCCAUUUAAAAGGCCCUGAAAUCUUUUGUCUUGCCCAUUCGCACUCUGAAUGGCACACACACACACACACACACAAUCAAUGUCUCAACGGUCUUAAGGCCUAACAAUCCUUCUUUAACAUGUCUCCUCUCCUUUAUCUACACUGAUUGAAGUGGAUUUAACUAAUUACAUCAAUAAGGGACCAUAGCUUUCACCUGGAUUCACCUGGCUAGUCUGUCAUGGAAAGAACAUGUUUUGUACACUCAGUGUUUGUGGAUCAAUGAAAUGUAAAAAAUACAUGUGUACUUUAACUAUAUUGUCAUCAUCUCUACAAUCUGUCCUAAUGUUUUGUACAACAGUGAAUAAAUGCUGAACAAAAAUGUAAACGCAACAUGCAGCAAUUAUUUUACUGAGUUACAAUUCAUAGAAGGAAAUCAGUCAAUUGGAAUAUAAUCAAUUGGCCCUAAUAUAUGGAUUUCACAUGACUGGGCAGGUGCGUAGCCAUUGGUGGGCCUCGGAAGGUAUAGGCCCACCCACUUGAGAGCCAGGUCCACCCACUGGGGAAUGAGGCCCGGCCAAUCCGAAUUAGUUUCCCCCCACAAAAUGACUUUAUUGCAGACAGAAAUACUCCUUAGCACCCCCCUCCUCAGACAAUCUCGCAGGUGAAGAAGCCAGAUGUGGAGGUCCUGGGCUGGUGUGGUUACACUGGUCUGUGGUAGUGAAGCCAGAUGUGGAGGUCCUGGGCUGGUGUGGUUACACUGGUCUGUGGUAGUGAAGCCAGAUGUGGAGGACCUGGGCUAGUGUGGUUACACUGGUCUGUGGUAAUGAAGCCAGAUGUGGAGGUCCUGGGCUGGUGUGGUUACACUGGUCUGUGGUAGUGAAGCCAGAUGUGGAGGACCUGGGCUGGUGUGGUUACACUGGUCUGUGGUAGUGAGGCAGGUUGGAGGUCCUGGGCUGGUGUGGUUACACUGGUCUGUGGUAGUGAAGCCAGAUGUGGAGGUCCUGGGCUGGUGUGGUUACACUGGUCUGUGGUAGUGAGGCAGGUUGGAGGUCCUGGGCUGGUGUGGUUACACUGGUCUGUGGUAGUGAGGCAGGUUGGAGGUCCUUGGCUGGUGUGGUUACACUGGUCUGUGGUAGUGAGGCAGGUUGGUGUGGUUACACUGGUCUGUGGUAGUGAGGCAGGUUGGAGGUCCUGGGCUGGUGUGGUUACACUGGUCUGUGGUAUUGAGGCAGGUUGGAGGCCAAAACCUCUAAAAUGACGUUGGCGGCGGCUUAUAGAAGAGAAAUGAACGUUAAAUUCUAAGGCAACAGCUCUGGUGGACUUUCCUGCAGUCGGCAUGACAAUUUACGCUCCAUCAAAACUAGAGACAUCUGUGGCAUUGUGUUGUCUGACAACUAUAGAGUAUUUCUUGUAGAUUGAUGAGGAAAAAUGUAUUUGACCAACUUUAGAAUAAUGCUGUAACGUAACAAAAUGAGGAAAACGUCAAGGUGUCCAAAUACUUUCUGAAUACACUGUAUAUAUUAAAUACAUGGAUGAACUGAUAA